AUGUUGUUCCGCGCUGCGGUCCGUCAGUCCGCGCCCUUGAGGCGUCAGGCCCUCACUCCUCUUGCUCGUCGCUCCGUCACCACCGACGCCGCUUCGUCGCAUGCUGAAAAUGUCCCCCAGGAGGAUGACAAGCCCUUCACUGUCCGCCUCUCCGACGAGAGCUUCGAGACCUACGAGAUCGACCCUCCCCCGUACACCCUGGAGAUCACCAAGAAGGAGCUCAAGCAGAUGUACUACGACAUGGUUUCGAUGAGACGUAUGGAGAUGGCCGCCGACCGUCUUUACAAGGAGAAGAAGAUCAGAGGUUUCUGCCACUUGUCUACCGGUCAGGAAGCCGUCGCCACCGGUAUCGAGCACGCUAUCACCCGCGACGACAAGGUCAUCACUGCCUACCGUUGCCACGGUUUCGCCAUGAUGCGUGGUGGUACCGUCCGCUCCAUCAUCGGUGAGCUGCUUGGUCGCCGUGAGGGUAUCGCCUACGGAAAGGGUGGUUCCAUGCACAUGUUCGCCCCCAACUUCUACGGUGGUAACGGUAUCGUCGGUGCUCAGGUCCCCGUCGGUGCUGGUCUCGCUUUCGCCCAGCAGUACAACGAGGAGCCCACCACCUCCAUCGUCCUCUACGGUGAUGGUGCCUCCAACCAGGGUCAGGUCUUCGAGGCCUUCAACAUGGCCAAGCUGUGGAACCUCCCCGUUCUGUUCGGUUGUGAGAACAACAAGUACGGUAUGGGUACCUCCGCCGCUCGUUCCUCCGCCUUGACCGAGUACUACAAGCGUGGUCAGUACAUCCCUGGUAUCAAGGUCAACGGCAUGGACGUCCUGGCCACCAAGGCCGCCGUCAAGUACGGUAAGGACUGGGCCGUGGCCGGCAACGGCCCCCUGGUCUACGAGUACGUCACCUACCGUUACGGUGGUCACUCCAUGUCCGACCCCGGUACCACCUACCGUAGCCGUGAGGAGAUCCAGCGCAUGCGCAGCACCAACGACCCCAUCGCCGGUCUCAAGCAGAAGAUCCUCGACUGGAACGUCUGCUCCGAGGACGAGCUCAAGUCCCUCGACAAGGCCGCCCGUGCCCACGUCGACGAGGAGGUCGCCAUCGCCGAGAAGAUGCCCCUUCCCGACAACACCCCCCGCAUUCUCUUCGAGGACAUCUACGUCCGUGGCUCCGAGCCCAAGUGGAUGCGUGGUCGCACUGUCGACGAGACCUUCUACUACUAG